GGCAGAAGGGUGCGAGCGUGAGAGGCUGGCGGGUGGAGGAGGAGGCCGCGGGUGGAGGGUAGGUGGAGGGUGAAGCAGUUCGUUAACUUUUCUGACGUCUGUGUCUGUGAGGGGAGGAGGUGAUACGUUAAGAGAAUCGGAAACGAUGUCGGAAUUCGACGCUAAUCCGUUCGCGGAUCCGGUGGAUAUCAAUCCCUUUCAGGAUCCGUCAGUGACUCAGCUGACGAAUGCCAACCAGCAAGGUAUUGAUGACUUCAAUCCAUUCACUGAAAACUCCAGGCUGACGCCACCUAUUUCGGAUACCCAAGUGCUAGCUGGACAGAAGACCACUCCUUCUCAGCCAGCGAUAUUACAGCCUACAGUGGAACCCAGUCCACAGGUCAGUGCUACAGCUGCACAGCUGGCACUGCUUCGACAGCAGGAAGAGCUGGAAAGAAAAGCUGCUGAACUAGACCGCAAAGAGCAAGAACUGAAGAAUGAAAGUUACACUUCAAAACGAAAUAACUGGCCUCCUUUUCCUUCGUUCUGCCCCAUCAAACCAUGCUUCUACCAGGACUUUGCAGCAGAGAUCCCAUCAGGCUUUCAGAGGACAGUAAAAAUGCUAUACUACUUGUGGAUGUUCCAUACUGUCACAUUGUUCUUGAACCUCCUCGCUUGCCUGGCUGAGUUUAUUAAUGAUGCAAAAUUUGGAGUAGACUUUGGCUUGGCAAUCUUAUGGUUUUUACUCUUCACACCUUGUGCCUUCCUGUGUUGGUAUCGGCCAGUUUACAAGGCUUUCAGGUCCGACAGUUCAUUCAACUUCUUUUUCUUCUUCUUUGUGUUCUUCUGUCAAAUUGUUCUUUAUGUCAUUCAGGCAGUCGGCAUUCCCAAUUGGGGUGUCAGUGGUUGGAUUGCAGCACUUAGUUGGACGACAAAAAAUCUUGCUGUGGCAGUGGUCAUGAUGGUAGUAGCAGUAUUCUUCACAGUGUGUGCAGUCUUGUCUUUGUUGCUGGUACAGAGGGUACAUGCAAUAUUCCGCAGCACAGGAGCCAGUUUUCAGAGAGCACAAGAAGAAUUUUCCCACGGGGUCUUCUCCAAUACAACAGUGCGCAAUGCUGCAGCUACUGCUGCAUCAGCUGCUGCACAAAGCACCUUGCAAGGAAACUAAAUACUGGAGAUUACUGUUUUCAAAAGUUAUCCUCUUGUACGUUCUUUAUAAAGAUGCACUUUCAUUGGACAAAAUGUGUAUUUUGUGUCUACCUAUUAAGGGGGAAGGAUAUAUUAGGCUUUAAUCAAAGGGUUUCAAACAGAUUGUUUGAUAAUAUCACUGCAUUUUCUACUAUAGAAAACCAGCUGCUCAACAGUUUGAAUUUUUCUUGAUUAUGAAGAAUCAUUGGUCGGUGUGUUGGCUCACUUAGGGAGGUACGUUUACAGAAGAGAGUAAAACAUCAAACUAACUUUUUGAAGUCUUCAUAUUUUAAGUGUCUUCAGUAAAAAGCACAGUGGAUUUUACUAGCACCUGAAGUAUUGUUCACCACUAUGACAUUGUUUCUAUGCCAAAGCUGGUCAUGUGUUAUUCUGUGGCACUACAUCUGUCUUGUUGAUUAGAUUUUGGUAUCAUGGGCUGGACUUUGCAUUUCUUUUCAUUUAAAUGAAAUCACAUUUGGGUGAAGGUGCAUCACAGAAACCUGACAGCAUCUUGACAAUACUGCAAAUUCAUUGGUAAAAGCUUUGAGCAUGUAGCUUGAGCUUGACUCUUGUUAAUCAUUUUCUUAAUCAUAAAUUCUUGUAUGUUGGUCUGUGUUUCAAAAAAAAGAAAUUGGGUAUUUAAAUGUAGAAUCUUCUGGAAACAUUCGGCAUACCAGCAGCUUCUACGGAGAGACAAAUAUUAAUGCUUGAGACAUAAUAGGAGGCAGACAUGCAUGCAGUUUUUUGCUCCUUCCACUCACUAUAUUACCUAUUUCAAAUGUGUUUGCUUGUAAUUCUGUUUCUGACCAAGUGUCCACAAACCUGAUGCAUCUUCCUGUUGAUUGAAAUAGUCAAUUCUAUGACAAACAUCUGUUUGUUUCACAGGUGCUGUUUUAUUUUCCUACAUUUGCAUUGUGUUUCCAAAAAAAAUUACUUAAGGCUGAUUUAGGCAGAAAUAGUAUUCCUUCAUGAAAGCAAUUACUUUCAUGUCUGCUCUGGGACAUUUAAUUUUUUUGGUGUAGGAACCAUCUCAACCCACCCCCAUCUUUUUAAAUGAUCCCCAAGGUGUUUGGCGGUGGCGGGGGGAGGUAAGAGAGGAGCACGUAUUGGCUGUAGGUUUCCUGCAGAGUUAAUUGAUCAGAUCUAAUCACUCUCUUAAUCAUGUGGAUUGUUAACAUUAAGGCAAAUACUGUGGAUGCUUGAAAUGAGGGCAGAAAUAUGCUAGAAAUAUUUGAAGUGGUGGAAGAAGAGUGUUUCAGGCUAAGGAACCUGUUAGCUAAUUCUUCCUGAUCUCAUUCAGAGCAAACAAAUGUUUUUCUUUCAACUCAUUUUAAAUGGUUAAACUAUAGUCAUUGGGGUCUCUUAAAUUUUUGUAAACCCUUUUGUCUCUUGAAACUGAGAUACCCUCUUCAGAACUUUGCAUUUGUUUUCUUGUGUUUUGGACUACUGUUGUGAAAGAAGUUUUUCUUUGUUGAAAAGACUGCAUGUAACACCAGCUCCAUACUGGGAUUCUGAUGAAGGAAUUAUUUUUGGUUUAUACUUGGCAAAAACUAAAUAGUGUGGAAACUUUAUUUCAGUAACUUUGCCCUUUCAAAAACAAAAGCAACUUGAUGUUCUGUGUAAACAGGAUUUCCAUGGAAUUGUUAAAAUAUCACCAUGAUUGAACUUGCUCUGCUUUAUUUCUUGCCCUUGUAGAUAACCGGAUAAACUAUGCCCAUAGCAAACCAGAAGUGUAUGAAUGUUAGUUGAGGCUGGGAUUUAUUUUCCUCAAUCUCGUUGGUAAGUUAGAUACUCUCCAGCACUGUUGCUGCAGACAUCUACCAGAUGUUGUCUUAACAAUACUCCCAUAAUUAUGAAUUUUUCCUCAGGCCUCACUCAUUGGUAAUUGGUCUUUCAGAUCCUCGAGCUUAGAGUGGAACCAUUUUUGUGCUAUUGGUGUAAUUGCUGCUGAGGUAUUAAAAUACGCAAGAGACUGUAGCUAUAAAAUUUGUUUGAAUCAUUCAUGAAGAUCUUUCCUUUUCCCUUCAGUUUAAUUUGGCAUGUAAUAUGUGCUGAACUACCAACAAAUUAUGGGUACUUGAGCUUAGGACAAAACUAUACAGAAUGACUUGUCAGUUUAGGGAUUGUCUUUUAGCUUCAGAGCUCUUGGUUUACAGGACUUAAUUUGAGUAUUGUUGAAACACCAAAGUGAACUGAUGUAAUAUUUUUGAUUUCACAAAUGUAAAUGGGAUGGUCAUUUGCUUGAACAAGCUUUCCAAUGGAAUGAAUGGUGUUAGCUUUUCAUUGUCUUAAUGAAUAAUUCCAUGCAAAUGACCUUUUUAAAACAUUUUGUGCUCAAAUAAAGGUAUUUAACUUGAUUCCAAUAGUUCUUUGACUCUUCAGACCAAGUAAAAAUGUUCCCUACAAUGCAAUUUUGUUUUUUAAUAUAAAUCUUGGUGCAUCGUUCUGUUGAAUGAAAAUGAGUAAAAUAUUCAAUUCCAUGAA